AUGACCGACGAGGAGGAAACGAAGGAGAUUAAUAGAGAGAUCGAGGCUACGGACCCCGGAUUCGGAAAUGAGCCUCUUAAGGACCCCGGAAGAGGACGGACUACCGGCAACUAUAUCGGUAACCUCUUACCGAUCAGACCAUUAGCUAAGCAAAGCAUACUUGCGUACGGCACUCCAGGCGCCUUUAACGACGAUAGCGAUGAUUUCCUUAAGCUAAGAGCAGCAGACCUUUACCCAAGAGCGAAGGAAUUGGCUUUGGGCAUUCAAGGCUCUUUACGACCAGGUUUAAGGGACGAUCGAAGUCUUGCUAACAAGCUGUAUUUAACUUAUAAAAACGUGCCAGAGACUACGAUUGCACGAAUGAACCUUGCGUUUACCUCUACCGCCGCAGUUGCCGACAUCCGCCGAGCAAUUGCAUUUGCAACUAAGACCUCCCGACCCGCCAAGGCGAGUAAAGCUUACGCGAGCUCUAGCGAGCCACACGAUCACAUCUGCUCUUACAACACUUUAAAAGCUGACUCCGAUUUGGACGAGGAAUACGAAUGCUUUAUUCAAGAUCGCCAAUACUUCGAAGGUAAGAAAGCUGCUAAAGCUACUACUAAGGGUUUUGUGACUACCUACGGCACCUUUGACGCUGACGAGCGUUCCCCUAGAAGAUUCAGUAUUAAGCUUAAAGACGAUACUGACUUUAAUAAUACGGUAUACGUAAACGUAAUGCACCUUGACGGCAAAAACGUAUUACACGUCGUCUGCGAUUCUACUAAUUUUCAAGCCGCCAUCUUCUUCAAAAGCAUAUCCGCACAGCAUUUACUUAAAGGAUUCAAUAGAUGCUGGGUUAAUACUUACGUCGGACCCUUUACAAACGUCGUGCACGAUCCCGGAACCAACUUCAAUUCGGCAACGUUCCGAAGCUACCUUAAAAGUAUUAGCAGCAUCUUAAAGCAGAUGCUUGUAGAAGCCUAUCAUAGCGUCGGGCUAGUGGAACGCUACCACGUCUUUAUGCGACGCGCUUUUGAGAUCGUCACAAAAGAGCUUCCAAAAGCCCUAAAGGAAGACAGGCUUCAAAUGGCCAUCAAAGCCAUCAACGACACGGCGGGACCUAAUGGCCUGGUCCUUACGCUUUUCGUUUUUAGCACCUUACCGAAGCUAACGGAACAAGAUCGACUUGCCGCGUCUACUUAA